GUGAGGAGUGGUACGGUACGGAUGAUGUUCGUGACAUAAUGCCUACAAAGCGUCGUGGUCAGCGUUUUUGUGUGCGUGCGUCUGGGGAGUGUGGGUGCGCCCGACGCGAUCGGGACAGUAGGGAAGUGCCGGCUGCCAUGCGAGCUUCAGUCGGGGGGGGGGACUCACGCACACAAACAAGCCGCGCGCCCCGCACACGUGCACAUUACGCAGUGCUUAUACUGGUCUCCCUUCCCCUGCGCUGUAGCUUGCUCGCUGCUGCUUGGCGGGCGCUUACGGUCCAUAAUGUGUCAAAACUCUAGUUGUGUUUGAGAUUGCGUACGUUAUACGCGUUUUGUAAGUGGGCAGUGUACAAUUUCUUUGUCCUACACAAUAUAAAUAAAUAUUUUCAAGUCGUUAUCGACGAUAUAUGUUUUAAGAUUUAAUAUCGUUUAAGCGAAUGGGCGAGGUCAGCAGUGUACGAAUAACAGUGCCGGUAUUAGGUCGCGCGCAGACUCCUGUGGCACUCACGCGGACAUUUUACCUCUUUUAGUUUUAGGACAUCCUGCCAUGUUGCAUAUUUUCAUUUUUAAAUGUCCUGAAGUUUAAGACACCAUCCUCAAGAUUACAGCAGUUAUGGAUUGUUUUUAAUAAAUUUUAAAGUGCAGCGCCGUGCCGGCGCAUUGGCAUACUUAGCCGAUAAAAUGUGAAGUUCUGGUUUAUGAGUCACGAGUUGCAAUGUAAGCGGAAUGAUGGAUGUUCAAGUGAACGAGCCGAACAGAUGGCAUCGUGGGGGUCUCUUGUGUACGCUUAACAGAAGUUUUCGGCUGACCAGUGGCAGAUCCAAAAACGCUCAUAUUGAAAGCAGACCAAUUAUAAGCAUUCCUGAGAUGUCAUCGACGGGUCUAAAUGCGUCUAACGAGGUCGAAAGCGCGCUGAGGCCGCUGGAGAUCGUGGCGCCGCGCAUCGACACCUACCGGUUCUCGAUGGCCAACCUCGAGGAGACGCACGAUGCCGACCUCGACGCCAUUCUGGGCGAGCUUUGCGCGCUCGACUCUGAGUACGACGAGGAGAUAUCUAGGGUCUCUUCAGGUUACUCGUCGACCAGCAAAGAGCGCGACGGGCCGAGCUGCGCGCGCCGGCAAGAGUGCAAGGACAACUGCGACGGCGCCUCCGUGGCGAGGACUGACUCGCCCGACAAUGACUCCGCCUUUAGUGAUACUGUUUCAAUGCUGUCGAGCGAAUCCUCGGCGUCGAGUAGUACUAGUGCAAAAUGUAAAGCGAUGAAACUCAAUCUACAUCAAGAUCAAAAGAAUGCGAGUUUUCAACAGAAGGCUGACAAGAUAAAACUAGCGUUGGAGCGCAUGCGCGAGGCCAACAUCAAGAAGUUGUUCAUCAAGGCGUUCUCGACGGACGGCUCGUCGAAGAGCCUGCUGGUGGACGAGAAGAUGAGCUGCGGCUACGUGACCCGCCUGCUGGCCGACAAGAACCACGUGUCCAUGGAGCCCAAGUGGGCCGUGGUCGAGCAGCUGCCCGAUCUGCAUAUGGAGCGUGUGUAUGAAGACCACGAAAUGUUAGUGGAUAAUUUAAUGUUAUGGACAAGAGAGUCGAAAAAUAAAAUAUUAUUCGCCGAAAGACCAGACAAAAUAUCAUUGUUUCAAACUCCGGAGAAGUUCCUUUUAUCGGAGGACGAUAGAGGAUGGUCAAGCGAGCACGAUGAGCAUUCGAGACAAGUGAUAUUAGAAGAAUUCUUCGGUCAAAGCGGCGCGGCGAGCAGCGCGGCGCCGUCCGUGUCGGGUCACCCUGUGCCUCCCAUGGAGGGCCCGCUCUACCUCAAGAGCGACGCCAAGAAGGGCUGGAAGAAGUACCACUUCGUCCUCAGGCCUUCCGGUCUCUACUAUUCGCCGAAGGAUAAAGUGAAGACGCUAAAAGAAUUGGUCUGCUUAGCGACUUUCGACACGAACGAAGUUUACUUAGGAUUGAAUUGGAAGAAGAAAUACAAAUCACCGACCGACUACUGCUUUGCUAUCAAGCACCCGAGGCUACAACAACCAAAGAGUGUUAAGUUUAUUAAGUUCCUGUGCGCGGACGACCAGCGGACGCUGGAGCGAUGGGUCACCGCCAUGAGGAUAGCCAAGCAUGGGAGGCAGCUCCUAGAAAACCACCGGUCGCUGGUGGAGGAGCUCACGCAGGAGGACCUGGACCACCUCGCGCACGCGCGCUCCUGCUCGAUAACGUCGAUCCCUACGAAGACUGGCGGCGCGGCGCCGGCGGGGGCGAGCAGCCCGGCGCAGGCCUCCAGCAUCUCCAGCAGCGCCAGCGUCGCCAACUCCGACAUCAGCAGCGGCAGGCAUUCGCGCGCCUCGUCGUCCAGCUCGAGCGGCUGCCUGUCCGACGGCGGCACGGCCUCCGAGAGCGCCUUCGAUUGCGAGUUCCCCAUGGGAACGAUAAAGCGCAAGCCGUCGAUGAAGCCGAACAUCCCGCUGACGUGGAUGACGCGGCAGCUGAAGGAGAUGGCGGAGACGGAGGCGGCCGAGGCGGAGGAGGCCGGCGACGGCGGCACGCUCACACGCACGCCGCGCGCUGCGCGCGACGACUCCACACUCAAGCGCAGGCACCACAUCAAUCCGUCAGAAAGUGCAAUUUAUGGCAGAACGACACUGGUGAACAGUCCGGCUCGCGACGAGCCGGCGUCCCCGUGUUACGGCAUCUACGAAAGCAUCCCGCGCGACGCCGCGCCGGCGGCCUCCGACACCGAGUCCUCGCUGUAUGGGUACGCCGGCCUGUACGAGCCGACGCGUGCGCCGCCCGCCGACGACCUUCCUCCGCCGCCUGCCCUGGAGCCCGACGCCAUGUUCAGCUCCACGCUGAGCUUGGACUCGUUACCGCCGCCCCCACCGCCCCCCGAUCCCGUGGAGGACCUUUCGGGCUCUCAACUCAGCCUGCCUCCUCCACCGCCUGAACACACCAUAGACACUCAACCGGGCCGCGUGCAUGACAUCGUCAGUCAGCUGAGUUCGCAUCAGAUCGAACAGACUGCCCGAGCAGGCUUAUCACGAGCCAACUCCCGAAACUCCGACCUGAGUCGCUCGUUCCCGCGGCAGCCCUCCCUGGACAGCGUCAGCUCCGGCGCAUCGCGGACCUCCUCCCUUCAUUCCGAUAAGAGCAUCUACGGUCAACAGAACGUGGCGUACGGUGCAUGUUUAGCUGAACUUCAAAACAAGAAGUUGAGCAACGGCAGUCCCUCCAUUCAAAAGAAGAUAUUAGCAGAGCCAACGAAGGAACGCACGGGGUCGAUGAAGAAAGUGAAUUUCGCUGACGAUUUACCAACAUGCACCGACUCUGCGAAAAAGAACAAGAAAAUCUCGUUUAACUUGAAGGAAGCACCGCCGUCGUCCCCCCGCAAACCGCCUCCGCCGAAACGCAACGAAAGCACACGACUAUCGUCUCCCAAGAAGUUGGCAGAUUCCAACAGUAACCCGCCCAAAGAAUUUCUUAAAGAUCUGCAACGGGUGAUGAGAAAGAAGUGGCAAGUCGCACAAAAGUGUAAGUUGGAGCCUGCGACAACACCACACGAAGUACUGGGCUUCCGAGAAUAUCCCCUGUCGGAGGACUACAAAGAGACGAGCGUGUCGAUGUGGGUGCAGGAGCAUUACGGCAGUGCAGUGGAGGACCCGUUUUACGAGAACGUGUACGGGCGCGAGGCUAGCUCGGCGCCGCGCCGCGAGGAGCCCAAGCCCAUCAAGAAGAGGCCGCCACCCGCGCCGCCGCGUCGCAGCGACUCCACACACCUGACUUCGCACCCACUGCCGUCCGCCGUGCAUCCCUCCGCUUGAAACCAGCUGUGGCGCGCGUGCUGCUGGCUGUGGACGGGCCGGGCGCCAGGCGCCGACGAUGUAGAUGACGAUGUCAGAACUCGACGGCUCUGCGAUAGUUCCACUAGUACGGUUGACGGUCGUGCGUGAUAUCGUUUUAUAUGAGUGUAUAAUGCACGGGCAGAGAUUUUUGUACGUUGAGGAGAGUGAGUGAAUGGUGUAGUUUUUCUGUUUUUUGAAUAGUUAUAAUAAUUACAUUUACACAACUGAUUACUAAAUGUGCUCUGGGUGUUUAGGAGUAAUUUAAUAAAUCUUCAACAAGUGGAGAUAUGGAUAUUCUAGUAACAAAUUUUAUUAUGAAAAUUUUUCAAUUAGGUAAGGUACCGAUAUUACAGUGCCAAACUGUGCGAGCGCAGUUUGUGUCCAAUAAAUCGUUUGCAAAACACGUUAAGCGCGUUUAGUGAUAGCAUGAAAACAACUAAUGUAAGACAAAACAAAUGUCGUCUAAACUAAUAAGUGUGCUAGUAGCUUAUAUAUUCUACCUGCUAAAAGUGAUGUAACUAGGUAAUUUUUCAGAAGUGAUGUUCUGACAAGAAAAGUAAAGACCAAUUUCGAUGUUAAAAUGUUAUUAUUUCGAAAAAUAUAAUAAAUAAUUUAUCGUAAUUUGAAUGGCGGUGCUAUUUUGAAAAGGUAUACUAAUGUAUUGUAGGUAAUUUGCAAGUCUACUUGUAACGAAACUGCUUAAACGAGCUACCUAAUAUAGUUCUAGGCUAAACAUAAUUUCUAAGUAUUAAAAAAUACCUUAUUUAAUUUAUUUAUUUUAAAAUUAUAUAAUAUGACAGUUUAACUUAUUUAUCUAAGACAGUCGAUUACAAGUAGACAGACAAAAUGGUUGAGGGCAUGAGUUGGAGUUUUGUGUCAAUUUUUAUUUUUGUGUUCCUAGUAAAACAAAAUAUAAUCGCUUAAAACUCUUGGUAGAUUCAAGUGAUGUCAGGAAAUAAUGUACCUGACAAGACCUACUUUCAAACUUGCGGCUUAGGGAGGAGUUUAUGUAAAAUUGUUCGAUCUAUUUGAAUCAAAUGUGUCAUUUUACAAACGCAAACCGACAUUAAGCCGGCAGCGUAGAAGGUAAACCGGGCCCCUGUUCAAUAUAAUAAUCACAGAGGUGCACUUGUUAGUGUACUUGACUCAAAUUGCUGGCAAAUUUUACAUAAUAAUAUAUUUUAAAUGUACGUAUCUUAAUUUGCUACGAUAUAUUAUGUUAUAUAUCCUGCAGUGUUAAAAGUUUGAUGCUGCCUAAACGUAGGAUUUUACAGCUCGGUUACUCCUUGGACCGGAGUCAGGAUAUUUAAAAUAAAUAAAUAAAAUAAAAUAAUUUUUUAUUGGCAUUAAGGUAAGUACAUUUUAGUGAUUGAAGUCCCUGACUUCUGAGCUAGAUAAAAACCUGUGUUACAGAAGUCAGUGUCCUCUCCCAAACAGACAGACAGAGUAACCUAUUAUUGUCGCAAUAUGUAACAGUUAUUCCUUUUAAAUGUCCUAUUUUAAAAAUGCAGCUAAAUGGUUUGUAUUGUAAUUGAACUGUGGUAUAGUAAACGCCCCUAUGAUGGGACUGACAUCUGUAAUGAGAUGGUAUAUAGAUAAAUCCCGUAAAACAAGUAUUUGCCAUCAUAUUUUAAACGCUGGUAAUAUUUUACCAUAAAGAGCCAAAGAGCUGCUUAAGUUUGUUUUUUCAUGAAUAUUUGUUAGUUUGAAAAUUAAUGGCGCCAUACGUCCCAUGACAGGAGCAAAAAAACAUUGUUUUAAUUUGUUAAUAAUAUUAAAACUAUUUCCAGUAGCUUUCAUUAAAUACAUAGAAAACAUAAAGAACGAAUAGGACAUUCAACUUUUAACGCAUAAAGUGGUAGAAAUUUUACAAGUGUAGGUGAAAUAUCAGAAACACUGCAAGUUUUCUCUUAAAUGUCCCAUGAUUGGUGCCGUUAAAAUAGCACUAAUUAAGGAUAUCUACCAUUCCACCUUGCAUUUAUUCUACAUACUUAAGGAAAACAUGAGUUUAAUUUCUCCCUAUGUUGAUUAAUGCCUACUUACUUUAAGACUUCAUGUGAUUGGGUAUUUAAUUUGGUUUUGUUCACAAAACCGGUUAAUGUAUAAAUACAGCAAAUAAGACAGUCCCAAGUAUUUCAGGCUUACUCGUUUCAGAACAUGCAUAUUAUAAGUUAUAAAAUUACACUUACACGUUAAUAUUUAAGGGAAAUUAUUUUAUUUGAAGAGAUAUGAGUAUUAUUACGUAUGACCUUGACAUUAGACGGCAAAUAAACGAUAGCUAUUAUACUUAACAAUUCCUAAUUUAGUGCCAUAAUUAUGAAAACAUAUUUUGUUGUUUUGUGACAAGGUUGUUCAUAUUUAUUUCAUGGAUUAAAGUCAAAUCGUUAAUUUAGUUAUGUAGCUGAAAAAAAAUAGCAUAUGUAGGUACGAAUGCUUUCAAAAAUGUGAAGCGUAGGUGCAGGUACCUAUAUACUGUGGUUGGUACAAGCGCACGCACCGAUGCAAUUCACACUCCCUUAUGUAUAUAGCACUUACGCGAACACAAAAUAUAGGCAAUGAAAGGGACAAAAUGAAAAAAUAAACAUAACUCCAAUAUCAUAAAGAUCUCACUGUUGGCAGAAUGCGUUACUUAUUUUUAUGUUCGGGCUGUGAUUUCCUUUUUUGUGUCUGGCUUAGUUUCUGAUAUUGAAUUGUAUACCCGAUGAAAAAGUAGGCUCUGAAGUGCGCUACUUGUGCAAAAUUUAAAAGAUUCCAUUCCAUGGUAACAAAUAAUUUUAAGUUUCAUACUUGAUAAGAUUUACACCAUUCUAGGGAAGAAAAAAGCGAUGGACAUGCACAGGCUACGUCAGUACACGCUAGCUAGGUCAAAAUAUUUACGAAAUAUAAAUGAUAAAAGUGUAGUGAAGUCGGGUUAGUUUUAUUUCGAUUACGAAAUAUUUAAUAAAACUAGAUACUUAGCUACCUAAACUCUCUAAAUUCGCACGCUCUAUAAAUUUCGCACUUAUAAAUAGGCAACGAGAAUCCAUCCAGAUCGGGUUACGAAGACUGAAAGCAUAAUUGAUCCGAUUUUGACAAUAAACUUGCGUCCAAUGUUGGCAUAGUACCUGUUAAGGUACUUAGUGUUUAACAGGCUGAUUCCAAUGAUUGACGUUCUGUCUACUACUCAUAGGUCUUGGAAUUAAGAUUGAAAAUGGCAAAUAUUGGGCCAGUGUCAAGCACUGGCACAUAUACGCUAAAUGUUCUUUUUAAAUGGCGCGUAUGUCAACACCGGCGAGUCCACAGCCCAUUAUUGUGUAAACAGGGGGCCUACCGCGAAAACCGAAAUUCGCAAAUUGCGGGGAUCUUUCUCUUUUACUCUCACUAAGACGUAAUUAGAGUGACAUAGAAAAAUGCCCGCAAUUGACGAAUUUGGAUUUUCCCGGUAGCCGCCCAGGGCUACGACUUAGGACUGGAUGCACUAACCACAAUCGACGGACUGAUUAACGCAGCUCGACAGAGAACUGUCAACUUCCCUAUACAAUAAAUAAAGAAAUAAUUUGUGUGAUUAGAUACCUUCAGAUGGUUUAGUGCAACCCGCCCUUAAUGUGUGUAUUAUUCUAUCAAUAACUUGUUAAUUAACGAGGAAUGACUAUAAUUAUUUAGUUAUACAAUGCUUAAUUAUUACCAUUGAUCUUUAAACAUAGGGCAACCAAGACUAAUUAUACUGUAUGGGGUACGAAGCUAUGUAGCUAACCUUUAUAACUUAACAGUUGAUAUUGUAGGUACCUACUAAUGGAUGUGUCCUAUGUUAAGAAUAUGAAUAUAAAAAUUAAAACUUGAAUAUUAGAUACGGGUUUUACUAUUUUCAACAGACGUUAUAAAAUUGUGUAUUCGAUACGAUUUAGUUCUAUAACAAUUACAUAUGUAACGCAUUUAUUAGUAUUCAUGGAUAUUUAAGUUUAAAUUGUACAGAACAAAUUAAUUAUAAUAUUAGUUCUUUGUAUAUUUUUUCAAAUAUAACGAAAUUUCAAAUUG